UCUCUCUCUCUCUCAAUCUCAGUCUAUCCCUCCCUCCCUCUCUCUCUCUCCCCCUCACACAUGCGCGAGCGAUCACACACCGCAGCAGAAGGGCAGACGAGCUCGAUCAUUCGCUCCCAGCUCUCCUCCGCCACAGGCCGUCAGAGAUUCCACUGCAGCGUGAGAGAGAGAGAGAGCCUCCCGGCAGCUCUGCAUGGGGGCUUGCUGAAGGACUACCUGGCUGAAGGGACAGGUCUGUCAUCCUUCCUCUCCGCACCGCCGGAGCUCGGCUUGAGCAGCGUCACUGAAAUAAAAGGGAGAACCGCGCUCCUCCGGCUCACUCGCUGACGCGGGACCUUCCUCUCUGCCUCUCAUUUCGACCUCCUUUUAAUCUCACCGGGAUCCUCCAGCUGAGCUUUUGUGCCUGUGUGGCCGCUCGGAGCGGGGGUGUUGCGAUCGAGCGCUCGGAGCCGCGCGCGUGUGUGUGAGUGUGUGUGUGAGCGUGAGUGCGAGCGUGCGCGCGUGUGUGUGUUUACGUGUGUGUGUGUGUGUGUGGAGCGAGGCCCCUUGGGUUUAUCUCCUCCGCCCUCGCGCCAGCCUCGUCAUCUUCUCCCCCUGCGCUCCCGGCGGCGAUCCACUCCGCGUCCCCUGCUCUCUCUCUCCCUCCGCCGCGUCCCACGAUGCCUCACUUUGCGCCCCUCUGCUGAGGCAGCGGCAGCAUGGACCGUGGCCUGGCCGGGACACCCACGACGGAUCGGAUCGUUACCCUGCGGACGGGCAUGCCGAGUAUCCCUGCCGUAAAUGGGCGAGGACGUUGACACCCGAAAAAUCAACCACAGCUUUCUCCGAGACCACAAUUAUGUGACAGAAGCUGAUAUCAUUUCCACAGUAGAGUUUAACCAAACGGGGGAACUGCUGGCGACCGGGGACAAGGGGGGUCGAGUGGUCAUCUUCCAGAGGGAAACCGAGAGUAAAAAUGAGCCUUACUGCCAGGGCGAGUACAACGUUUACAGCACCUUUCAAAGCCACGAACCCGAGUUCGAUUACCUGAAGAGCUUGGAGAUCGAGGAGAAGAUCAACAAGAUCCGCUGGCUGCCGCAGCAGAACGCAGCCCACUUUCUCCUCUCCACCAAUGAUAAAACCAUUAAGCUAUGGAAGGUCAGCGAACGGGACAAGCGGCCGGAGGGGUACAACCUGAAGGAUGAGGAGGGGAGGCUGAAGGACCUCACCACGGUGACGUCCCUGCAGGUCCCGGUUCUGAAGCCCAUGGAUCUGAUGGUGGAGGUGAGCCCCAGACGGAUCUUCGCCAAUGCCCACACCUACCACGUCAACUCCAUCUCCGUCAACAGCGACUGCGAGACAUACAUGUCUGCCGACGACCUGCGGAUCAACCUGUGGCACCUGGGCAUCACCGAUCGCAGCUUCAACAUCGUGGACAUCAAGCCGGCGAACAUGGAGGAGCUGACGGAGGUGAUCACGGCGGCCGAGUUCCACCCGCACCACUGCAACCUGUUCGUGUACAGCAGCAGCAAGGGCACACUCAGGCUGUGUGACAUGAGGGCGUCGGCGCUGUGUGACAAGCACUCCAAACUGUUUGAGGAGCCGGAGGACCCGAGUAACCGGUCCUUCUUCUCCGAGAUCAUCUCCUCCAUCUCCGACGUGAAGUUCAGUCACAGUGGACGUUACCUGCUCACUCGGGAUUACCUCACCGCCAAAGUCUGGGACCUCAACAUGGAGAACAAGCCCAUGGAGACCUACCAGGUUCAUGAUUAUCUCCGGAGCAAGCUCUGUUCCCUGUACGAGAAUGACUGCAUCUUCGACAAGUUUGAAUGUGCCUGGAAUGGAACAGACAGCGUGAUCAUGACGGGCGCCUACAACAACUUCUUCCGGAUGUUUGACCGGAACACCAAGCGGGAUGUGACUCUGGAGGCCUCGCGGGAGAGCAGCAAGCCGCGGGCGGUCCUCAAGCCCCGCCGGGUGUGCAUGGGCGGCAAGCGGCGCAAGGACGACAUCGCCGUGGACAGCCUGGACUACACCAAGAAGAUCCUGCACACCGCCUGGCACCCCAACGAGAACAUCAUCGCCAUCGCCGCCACAAACAAUCUGUACAUAUUCCAGGACAAGGUCAACUCAGAGAUGCACUAACGCAGAGCGCCUACAGGGCGGUGCCAGGCCGGACCCCCUACCCCCCGAAACAUUACCCCUUUAAGGCACUCCUCCGGUUUAUCUGCCUAGCCCCGCCCCUCUGUACACCCCGCCCCAC